AUAUUUUAUAAACAUUUUGGGUUCAUAUUUAAAACUUCAUAGAACUACGAUAGUUCUAUCAAAAUUCGGUGUUAGUUGAGGACCUGGCUAGAAGUAUACAAAAAUUUUAAUAUGGACAAGUCAGAUCAGGUGCUUAAUGCCUUAAUGAAAGCAGGACCAGGAACGAAUGAUCAAAUCAUUAGGGCAAUUGCUGAAUCGACGAAAUUGACAACAGCGGAAAUAAGAAAAGUCCUAGGGAUACAUCAGCCAGUCUCUGAAACUAACACCACUUCAACUACAUCCAAGACCACAUCAUCAAUCGCGUUUCGUUUGGAAUCCUUAAGUUUUAAUACUAACAGUAGCAGCUCUAUAGCGCCAUCUAAAUCGCAGCAAUGCGUUGAGCUGUUUAAUAAGAUCGUAUCAAUCACAAAAGUGUCAUGUUUUGAUGAAUGAAAUCUUAUUUUCUUAGAUGCCUAAAGAUGUUGUAAUUGGGAAAAUUGCGAACUUUGCUUCAACGUUUAAAAUUAGUGAUGACGAGUCCUAGUGCAACCUUACAUCCACUCACACACAAUUAACAGUUUUCAAGGCAAACACCAUUAAGACGAUCCAAUUAUUUGAUGUACAUCAACCAAAUAAGAUUCCAGAAGAUAACCUCAUGAUGAUGUUGGUCAUAUAAAAAACAAUAGACCAACUGUUUUCAUAUAUUUUUUCCCGUUCUAAGCAAUAUUAAAACACAUAAGACCGCGUGAUUCUUCUUUCAAAUAAUAAAAAAUACCGGAUUAUAUUA